UAUCUGUCAGUCUGCAGAGCUCGCAUCGAUCUUGGUUUCCUCAUAGAUGGCACUAAUAGUCGCUAUAGAUUUAACAGAAUCCUCAAGAUUGUUUACCAAAUCAUCCGAUAUUUUGACAUCUCCACAAUCUACACCAGGGUGGGCAUCAUUACGUACUCAAGCAGUGCCAUACCCGUCUUUAACUUUAAGCGCCUUACACGGAAAUACGACGUGUUAAGAGCGGUAAGGAAGAUACCUUUUCCACGAGGGAGGUCCUACACCGGACGAGCCUUGCGUUUUGCUGGGACAUACCUGUACUCUACUAGCUCACGGUCCCGAUCCAAAAUACUUGUUGUUCUUACUGGAGAUCAGUCGUUUGACAGCGUCAGUCGCCCAGCUCAGAUGUUAAAGCGAGGUGGCGUGGAGAUUUUUGCGUUUGGGAUGGGUGGAAGGAGAAGUAAUAGAUAUUUGUCUUCCAUAGCGCACGACCGUUACCACGUGUUUAGUGCACGCUCGAGAUUGGGGCUAAGGAAGGUUAUUGAGAAAUUAGUGGCAAAAAUAUGCGCAGCUACUCCAAUCAGAAAACCAACACCCACAGGU